AUGUGGGCCGUCGACAGUGAUGCAACGCACUACAUUUGCCACGACAUGACUAAGUUUGCAAGUUUGGAAGAGCGCAAUGAAGGCGACUUUUUGGUGGCUGAUGGCAACAAGGUGACCAUCAAGGGUGUGGGAACCAUCGUGAAAAAGGUGGUUCUGCCUAAUGGUGAAGAGCGCGAGAUCGAGAUCAAGAACUCGUUAUGUGUCCCAAGCAUGAGCAAGAACCUGCUUUCGGUGCCACAUGUUAACAGGCAUGGCAAGUUCCAAGUCAUUUUUGACGGGUCCAAGAUGUUUGUGACUCGCAAGAACUCACAGAAAGUGGUGGAGACAGCAGAUCUCGUGGAUGGACUUCACUGGCUUCGUACGACUCAGCGAUCAGCAAAUGUGACAUUAAGUGGAAACAGCUGUGCUGAUCUACAUGCGCGAAUGGGUCACGCUCCACUCGACGUACUUCGCAAGAUGAUCAAGAACAACGUAAUCAAGGAUAUUCGAGUCCAUUUUAAGUCGGGUGGAACAAUUGUAUGUCGAGGGUGUCAACAAGGGAAAAUGGUCCAAAAACCAUUAUCGAGCAAACGCGACAAGCGUAACUAA